AAACAAUCGAACGCUCAGCCGGCGGCUUUUGCUUGCGGUUAUUUGCGGUCUCGGGGGCUGUUGGCCCACACUGAUUACCGUGUAUAAAAAUAGUCCACGGGUGAGUAUAAAAGCACCGUUGCACGCGAGCCCCCGAUGGUUGUUGGGAUCCUCAUGGCCAUGUACGCGUCGCUCGCGGCCGCCGUCCAAGAACGGCGCGAACGCACCUUUGUGAUCGUCAAGCCCGACGGCGUCCAGCGUGGACUCAUCGGUAAAGUGGUCAGCCGCUUCGAGAAGAACGGCUUCAAACUCGUGGCGAUGAAGUUUCUACAGGCAACUGAAGAGAUACUGAAGAAACAUUAUGAGGAACUCUCGGACCGACCAUUUUUUCACGCUCUCAUAAAGUAUAUGCAAAUGGGACCCAUCGUCAUCAUGGUGUGGGAAGGCAAGGAGGUCGUAAAAAGGGCAAGGGACAUCAUUGGUGCAACCGACCCCCUCAAGUCCAGCCCGGGCACGAUUCGUGGCGACUACGGCAUUGUGACGGGCAGAAACGUGGUCCACGGCAGUGACUCUCUUCCGAGUUCCAAGCGAGAAAUCGAGCUGUGGUUCGAAAAGGCUGAAGUGGUCCCGUGGAUGCAGUGCCUGGACGACUGGAUAUUCAAGGAGAACUAGCGAUCUCAUCUCAUUUUUUUUAUGUGUCCUAUUUAAUUUUGUUAGUCUGAAUCUUUGUUUGUUGCAUUUUUGACACUGGUCACUGCCUGGCUUUACUCAUCUCGUUUGCUCUUUUUUAGCCAUUUACUCAUCUUGUUUGUUGAGGAUGCAAUCUGUACGGAACUUGCAAAUUUGUCGUGCAUACAUUUGCUGAUGUCAGUUAGCACGAUCGGCUUUACUUUACAUAUUGCUGUCGUUCUGCGACUUUUUUGCUCUCCAAUAAUAAAGAGGUGCAGAAAC